AUGGUUCGUUUGGCCACUCCGUUUGUCCUGGCCUCGCUGUCAGUGACCGCCCUCGCCGCCCAGUCCUGCAGCACCAGUAGCCAGUGCAAGGAUGAGAAGUACCCCUGCUGCUCCCAAUAUGGUGAGUGCGGUACGGGUGCUUUCUGUCUCGGUGGUUGCGACCCUCUCGCCUCCUAUUCGCUCGACUCGUGUGCGCCCAUGCCCGUCUGCGAGAGCAAGACCUACAACUGGGACAACCUCGACAAUGCUAUCACCCAGGACAAGUACCUCGGUAACGCCUCCGAGGCUGACUGGACCUACUCCGGCAAGCCCAAGACCGAGGACGGUAACCUGAUCAUGACCAUGCCCGCCAAGAGUGUCGGUACUCUGUUCGCCAACAACCACUACAUCUGGUACGGCAAGGUUUCUGGCAAGAUUAAGAGCUCCCGCGGUAAGGGUGUGGUCACUGCUUUCAUUCUGCUCUCCGAUGUGAAGGACGAGAUCGAUUACGAGUGGGUUGGUGCCGACCUGUCCCUGGUCCAGACCAACUACUACUGGCAGGGUGUCCUUGACUGGCACAACAGCGGGAACAUCUCCGUCGAGGGUGAGGACACCUUCAACGACUGGCACACUUACGAGAUCGACUGGACCCCCGAGAAGGUCGACUGGAUUGUCGAUGGCUCUGUCCAGCGCACUCUGAAGAAGGCCGACACCUACAACGAGACCUCCAAGCAAUACCAGUUCCCCCAGACCCCCGCUCGCCUGCAGAUGUCCCUCUGGCCCGCCGGCCAGGCCUCCAACGCCCAGGGUACCAUCGACUGGGCUGGUGGUGAGAUCGACUGGAACAGCGAGGACAUUAAGAACGUUGGUUACGACUUCGCCACCGUCGGUGAGGUCAGCGUCAAGUGCUACGAAGCUCCUUCUGAUGCCAAGGGUGACGGCAACAAGUCUUACCUCUACGCCAACAAGGCUGCCAUGGAGUCUGAUAUCGAAAUGACCAACAACUCCACCGUUCUCGGCUCCCUCGGCGCCACUGGUCUCGACAUGGACCUCGGCGCUAGCUCCAGCUCCUCCAACAGCACCUCCACCUCCGUCUCUAACAGCAUUCCCACCAGCCAGGGUGGCUCCGGUGGCAUGGCCUCCAACGGUACCUCUGGCACCACUGGCACCUCCACCAGCGAUGACUCGGCGUCCACAACCUCCUCGGGCUUCUCGCAGGGUACCACCACCAAGGACAGCGGUGCCGCCGGCCAGAACGAGCGUGUUCUCCGUGGCUCGCUCUUCGGUGUCCUUGUGGCCCUCGUUGUCCUUGUGACGCUGUAA